GCUCUGACAGCUCUCCUCGAACAGUGGGGAAAACAAACAGGUCCAGCCAUAGAAAAAGAUUGGUAGCCGGUUGGAUGUAGAGGCGGUUAAGCUGCGAAUGAAUCAUUUUCACGCAGAGCCCUUUCGGAGUUGUGCGAUUGCAAAGUUUUCGGUGCGGUUUGCGGAUGCGCACCGAGGAGUUUGGCGCCGCGGCUGGAGUUCUGGCCCUCCGAGUAUGUUGCUGCUUUCUAACAUUUUGUCAGGCUUGUUGGAGCGUAUAGUGUACCCUUUGCGGUUUUUCGUUUUUCCCAACGUUGUUUACCAGUUGUAUUUUGACAUUUAAUGGUCUGAAAUAACGUGGUGAUCCGUGUGAUUUGCUGAGAGACUCUGCGACAUGCAUACGAGGCGUUUGGUGAAGCGCUCGAUCCUUGGCAGCCGCGUCUAUGCGCCCAGUCCGACCGGAGAAGGCGCACCGGUGACAGGGGUGGUCCAGGCGGUCAAACAGGAGAACAGAGACGCCACAGCCACCGGAGCCAAGCGCAGCGUUUACACCGUGCUCAUGCAAGACGGCAGCCUCAAGGAGUUCACCGAGGAAGAGAUCGCCACGGGCUUCAACCACACAGCAGCCAAAGGACCGCUCAAGUCCAGUCUGAAGCAGAGUAAUGGAUGCUCGGAUGGCCCGCGUCUGGAGGGUGGCUCUCUGAGCCCAGAGGCAGUGGAGGAGCUGAAGCGCUUGGGCCGAGACCCCGACACACGCUCUGUGUCUCUGCUUGAGCAAAAACGCAAGGUGGUCUCCUCCAGUAUCGACGUCCCACACGCCAGACGUUCAGAGGAAGAAGUGGACAUGGACAAAGUGACAGCAGCCAUGGUGCUGACCAGUCUGUCCACCAGCCCAUUGGUCCGGAGCCCUCCUGUCAAAGUCAGCGAGGGUCUGAAUGGUUCGUGGAAGGACAAUGGUUCAGCAGGACCCUUCACUCCCUCCAGUAACAGCUCGUCUGGAGGCUACUGGAGCUGGUCUGCCCCCAGUGACCAGUCCAACCCCUCGACCCCGUCACCCCCUCUGUCCGCAGACAGCUUCAAACCCUUCAGAGUACCCAGCCUGGGGCCGGGCCAGGGCCCCAAUGGGCCCGAGGACCCCAGCCUGGAGGACCAGGACGGCAGCAGCCUACUGUUUGACGAGCCCAUCCCACGCAAACGCAAGAACUCCAUGAAAGUGAUGUUCAAGUGUUUGUGGAAGAAUUGUGGGAAAGUCCUGAGCACAUCCGCAGGCAUCCAGAGGCACAUCCGCACCAUCCACCUGGGGCGAAACUGCGACUCGGACUGCAGCGAUGGCGAAGAGGACUUCUACUACACGGAGAUCAAACUCAACACAGACUCUGUGGCAGACGGUCUGAGUAGCCUGUCCCCGGUCUCACCCUCAGUCCUGUCCCCUCCGGCCCCUCCCCCCUCCCCUCUGCCCAAUGUGGGACACUCAGACCCUCACAGGCCUCCACAGUUCGACACCAAGGAGUCCCACGUGGGAGGCACCACCCCCCUGAGCCGCUCGGCCCCCAGCGCUCUCUACCUCAUCCACACGGACCACGCCUACCAGGCCACAGCUCCUGUGUCCAUCCCGUCCAACGGAAACAACAUGAACGGUUCGACCAGCUUCACUCCCACCAACAGCUCCAGCUUCAGCAUCUCCUGGCAGUCUCCUCCGGUCACUUUCACCGGCAACUCGAUGUCUCCAAGUAAGAGCCAGGGCUUCGGAGAACAACGCUCCCAAACCAUCGCCGUCUUGUCAUCUCCUCCUCGAGCCACCACAGCUCUCAGUCGGAAGGUGCGCGGUGAAGGUAAGAAGUGUCGUAAAGUGUACGGGAUGGAGAACCGCGACAUGUGGUGCACGGCCUGUCGCUGGAAGAAGGCCUGUCAGAGAUUCACCGACUGAGCCCCUGAGCGCCCUGUUCGACAGGUGCUGCUCCUGCAAGGGCACACUUUGCAUGCUUUUCUUCUGCUCAAAACCUCAACCUCAAAACCUGUCAGGACCCUCCCUCCAUAACACCUUCCUAUGUCCGGUCCCACUCCAGACCAUUCCUCCACAAGAUGGCGCAGCCGGCUUUUACUGUUCCGUCCAAGAUUCCCAAAUGUUGCCUCGUUACUCCCGACCGUUCUUUGGGAAACUCUAGUGCAGCUACACUAUGUAAAAAAGGAGAAAAAAAAACAAAAAAACAAUCAAAGAGUUCAAGUUUUUUUGUUUUUAUGUUAGAUUCAGUGUUGCAUCUGACUUAAAAUGGAAUGGAAAGUGUGUUAAAGAAAGAUUUCAGAUUUUUUCAGAUUUUCAGAUUUCAGAUUUUUUUUUUUUUACUGUUGAAGAGAGGAAAGGCCUUUGAAAAACAUUGUGAGAAAAGUUGGAGGUGAUGUGUGCCGUUCUUUCUUCCUGCAGUGUAUUCAUCUAAUUUCUUGACUUUUUGAGGAGAUUUUCUAUCACCUCAUCACAGCCUUUUCUCCAUUUUUCACAACCCAAAAGGAACACUGAUAAAAUAAAAAUGGAUGACCAAUGCAAAAAAGAUCCAACUUUUACAGUCAGGGAACAUGAAUGGACCACAUAAGUCAAACUGCUACAUGAAUAUUACAAUCAGCAGAGGUAAUAUUUGAACAGUUUUCAGGUUAAUUUUUACAGAGCGCAACCAGCAGCAGUUAAAGCUUUUGAGUUAUCCUCAUCUACAACAUAUCCACACAACUUUUAACCACCAAAAACUGUCUUGUUCUUUUAAAUAGUUGUGUUAAAGUGCCAUGUUUAACUGUUUUUAAUCUUUUCUCCCUUAUGUCUAAAACCAAGACUGUUUACUUACUUAUACCUUGCAAGGAUAAAUUUACAAGGACCCUCGUGUUGACAGAGGUAUGUGAAAGAAUGCCCUCGUCCUCUUCUGCCAUCGUGACCACUCUCCCAAAGGGAACUUUUUAGUACUGAGUUGCAUUGGCAAACCAAAGGGGGCGUACUUUUACCAACCAAAAGCAAAGCACUUGCACUGUUUGCAGUCUAUAGUUACCUAAAAUAAUUUCAUUUUGAGCAAAAAAGCUACCAAGACUUGGUUAGGUUUAUGAAAUGUAAUGGGAAAAGCACUUGUUUGAUUCACAUCUUUAAAAAUAACUAGAGAUUCUACAUUUAAGCUGUGGCUAUGAUUUUCCCAGCAUCCUUGUUCCAGGCACUUUCAAAAAAGAUACAAAAAUAUAUGUUAUAUUCUGACUUAUGGACCAAUAGAAAAAAAGUUAUUGGGAAACUGCAUACUGAAUAAGUCAUAGUUUCUUCAUUAGGAUAUUUGUACUACACACUAACUUGUAUUAAAUAACAUACUGAGUUAUUAGAGACCAACACCAGCUGAUAAACUGACUUCAAGCUUGCCCGUUGGGUUUCAGUACGUCUAAAGCUAUUCUAUGUUUUCAGCUUCUUUUAUUGAUUACAUACUAAGAUAGAUUUUCUUCAUUUUACAUCUUUACUUUGUAUCAACAGGUUUGUGUAAGGAUAUAUCAUACUGUCGGACCUUUUGGGGUGCUUUUAUUUUGAAACAUAGAGAUUAGCCUUAACGUCACACUCAUUGUUCUAUAUGUCAUUUAAAAUGCCAUUGUAUCAGGCGAUGUGUUAUGUUUACAAGAUAAGAAAAAUCUAUAUAUAGUUAAGACAUGUUGGGGUUUACUUCAAAGCAAAAAAUACUAUAAUUUGUCAUUUUUGUUUCCACAUAUGAGACUAUAUUAUAAAUGGAUUUUGUUUUCAUGUUCUGGCAAAGAUGUAUAUCUAUAGGAGGCAGUCAUUUACAUGUCCUGCCAAGCUUGUUAUGCGUGUUUCCUCCCAGUGUGUGUGACCCGCGUGCUCUCGCCUUGGGCUCCACUGCGCUCGCGCUCCCCACCAUCCCUGCUGCAUUAGCCGUCCAAAAGCUACACUUGAUUAAAACCUUUAUCUUAUUUCCAAUUCUCCUCUGCUGGGGUUGUCACCGCAGCUCAUUCGCAAUUAGUUUGAUUGACAACCCAGUGUUUUUGUGUGUGAGUGGAGGUGCCCCAGGCGAAGUGCUCGGGCCACAGCGCUGCUGCACGGUGCUCUCAGCUCCACUUAAGGAGUCCCCAUACCUUUAUCAAACGUAUCGAGGUGGUUGACCCCCUGUCACGACAGUCCCGGAGCAGGUUUGACAAACGUGUCCAGGUUAAAAGACCUUUUUUGUUAUAUAUGUUAUAUUGGCUGAAUGUUGUACACCAUGCACUACCCACUGCCCUUUCUCCAUCAUUGUGGUGCUUUGUGUUUUGUGGUCAGGUCAUAUCCUUCCUAUACUGGAGUGUGGGAAAAACUGGCAGCCAAUCAGAUGCUGUCAGGAUCCAGUCCAAAAACAAGCCUCAUGUGCAUCUGGUUAUUCUGAUAGGCAGCUAAAUUGAAUGACAACUUUAAAUGACAUUUGUAUUUUGUAAACUCCAUGUUGGCAGCGUUUAUGUGGGUUUUGUUAUGGACUGAAUCCUGCCUGCAUGGCUGUUGUCUGGACAACAUCUUCACUAGCAGUGGCACAAAGGUGACCUUAAGCAUGAAGGUGCUUUACAGAGGCACUCAGCACCAUCUCUUUGUGAUGGGGCUGGCACUGUGCCCUGUGCAGGGGAGAAACGGAGGUGCUAUUUACCAGAGCUAACUCUCCCUGUGUCUCAUCUUUACUCAUACAUUUUGUACACAUUGCUUUGUUGUAGAACAUGAAAAUAAAAACACCCUGCCUCAAGUCUAUCAAGUGUGCACCAAAAUGGUCACCGACAAAAGUGUUUUCUUUUUUUUCUGUAGAUACUAGAUACAGACAUAAAAUGUUUAACUGCAUAGACUAUAUAAAUACUUGGCAUCAGAGUAGUACGAUUUUUGCCAAUGGUGCGCUAAUUGGGCCUGACUUGCAAUUCUUUCCAUCAUCAAUUUUCUAAUGUUCCUAAAGCUUCCACAGCCGUCAUACAGUCUUAUCAGUAGAUUAAGUUUGCUCAGUUGUUCAAACGUAAAAUUAUUCCAUCACUUUAUGGCAACCACCUACUUUGAAUAUUCAUUUUUCACUCAUCGCAUUGUCGCUUGUGAAUACUGAUUGGGCGCUCUAAUUACAAAAGCAGAAAAAAAAACAACAAAAAGAUCCUUGAAACUUUAAAUUCCCCAAGACUACAGGACUUUGCAUGCUUAGUUUCCCACUGAGCAUAUCUGACAAAAGAAAGACUGAUCAUUCCAAAAUUGACAUUGUAACUCUGCCAAAUCUGCCAUAUGUUAUCAUGCUAUUGAUGUGAUAGUGUUAAACUCCUACCUUUGGGAUCUAUGGGCUUUGAGCUGUGCAAACCGCUGGGCUGCUGUCGUCAACCUGUUUCACGUAGCAGAAUUAAAACUGGCAUCAAAGAGCCACAAUAGGAGGUCUUGUUACUGAGGAGAGAGUGAUAUGAAUACUUAUGAGGAUUUUUUUUUCUUUCCCUUAUGAGUGGCAGCACCCGGUCAGCCUUUUGUUCUCCGGUGUGUUUACCUCCUCUGCUGCCGUCUAUUAUAAAGGCCCUAGCAUGAUUUAUAAGAUUGAAUAAAACUAGAUGGCAUUAUUCUGCUUACCCAAGGUGUAAAAAUCUACCAACAUGAGUUAUGGUGGACCCUGGGUGUGUAUAUAUAUAUUGCACAUACAUACAUGUCCGUGGCUGUCCGGUGGUGGCUCUCACUGAGGUUCAUGUGUUGACACUUUUACGAGCGUUUCUGGUUUAUGGAGUUGAUCCUUGGACACUUUGGUAAAUCAUAUGUGACAAGACUUGUUUGUAACAAGAUGCUUAUUAUACCUUAUAUCAUCAAGUGCAAGUCAAUAUUCUGCUAUAUUCAAUACACAUCAGAAGCUACAGUGCCACUUGUAUAUCUCGGCUACUGUGCAUCUUUACAGUCCUUUUGUGUUAACAUCUAGGAUCACAACAGAUCCUCUGCCUAUUUGUAUACAAUUCUAUGGAUUUGGAUUCAGAUAUUUGUAAGCCAGAUCCUAUGGCUUAACCCUGUGAUGAUAGUAAGCAAUCUAUACAUCAGAAUACCAUUGUUAUACUUCAAACAUAGCCUCACUAUCUGCAUAUUUUGACUGUGAGUAAGAAAUGCAACUCUGAAUGCACCUUUGGGGUUCCCCUCGGCUCUGUGCUAGGAACGCUGUAGAAAUAAAUACAUUUCAGCCUGAUAUUGGCCUCUCGUUCAAUUAGGCCUAUAAACAUGUCCAAAGUGAGUCUUCUUAUGUGUUUAUGUAGAGCUAAAAAGUCUAAUGACUAAAAACAUAGGUGUUUUAAAAGUGUCCUAUAUGCACUGUCUGUCACACUUGAGUAGUCAUAGCAUUGCAGUGCAUGACCCUAAGAAUAGAUGGUGUCUCCAGCAUUGACAUCACAUGACACCAGGGUUAGUUUCCAUGGCGACCACCCUGACGUCCAGGUUAUGCAUCUCAGUUCUGAUCUGACUCCUGCUCACGCCAGAGCUGAGGCUGCUGUCAAUAAAAAGAGGAGGGGCUUUCUCUGUUGGUUCAUUCAGGAAUGUGCCAUCAGAAAGGGAAGGGGGAAUAAAAAGCGUACAAUGGCUUCAGUAAAAACUACACACCCAUAAGACAGAUGAUUUUUAAGUGUUUAAUUCUAAAGGAGGGAUAGGAGUCCUGAAUGUGCCUUGAUAAGAGAGGAGUUUCCUGUGAAACUCUAAGUGCUGUGUGUUGCUGUGAUUUGCAGGGCCACAGCAACGGUAAAGGAAUGUCUCUGGUGCUGGCUAGUCUGAGUUCUGCUUUCUAUACUUCUAUCUCAAAGCUUUGUGAUACAGAGAUCAUGUGAGUGGUGUCCAAGGCCCCUUUGGCCUUUUCCUGGUUGUAGAAAGAUGUUACUGUAAGGAACCCUCAAAGUCUGAGUGACUUUUCUACUCUUUGCUGUAACUAUUUUUGACCCAACCUUAUGGUAAUAAUACUGUGUUUCCAUGUGUUUUGUGCUCUGUAAACUUUGCUCUUUGUUUUCCCAAACAUCACCCUCUCUCCCUUCGGUACAAGGGCUUGUACAUAGGUGCGUGUUGAUGUGAAGAAAUCUGUCAUGGUGCAAUCUCGAAAUGUUUGGGAAAUCAAGGACGCCUCACUAGGCAAAAAACAGCUUAUGAAACUGUCAGGGAGAGGAUCCAUUUUUAGAGUGGAGCUCCAAAGUGCUCUUUACAGCAAUCUAUAAAUUCCCUAUUCACUAUCAAAGCAUCACUGGAGGAAUAAUUAUUUCAAGUAGACAAAAACACUCCAGCUCCUCCUGAAAGGGAUCACUUUGAAUUAUAAUUGAAUAUACCUCAUUAAUUCUGGGUAUUUUGCCUCAGCUCCCUCAGACAACUUAAAUAUGCAACACAGAGAUGGCUGACCACCACCUCCCGAUCCCCUCACUGACCGUUUCAUUCUUUCUGAUACAAUCACCUCAAGAACUCUGCGACUGUCACACUGGCUUUGUACUCUUUUACAUGACACUAUAUACUAUAUGCUCUGGUCUAACUGUAUUUUUACUACUGCAUGUGCAUGCGAAUAACAGUUUAUAUAAGUGUGCUCUGUUUGUGCUGUGCUGGCCAUGGGAUGGGGUAAGAGCAGAUUUUAAACUACAGUAAAACAACUAAUUAUGUACUGAAUAAUACAUAUUAAGGUGGGGGGUGUUAUUGCUUUGCCAGGAAUGUUUCACAGUAUGGAAUUACAUUUAUAUAUCUUGAAUUUAUUAUUGAUAGAAGUUUAAUGCCAUACUGUAAAAUAUUCCUGGCAAAGCAACAUUUCCACGGAGACAAGCCGGUUGCAGAUCCUCCACCCGAAAAGUGACACAGUGCACCUUUAUGUUUCAUCAAAUAAAUUAGAGAAUUAAAACAGUUCAGUGGAAACAGGGUGAAAUCAGGCUGCACCUACAUGAGCCAAUUUGUCCACUGUGGAGGGGUACACCUCCCCUCCCAUGUACUGUGGGUUUGCAGUUGUCUCAUCCUGGGACAUUCCUGGAUGAGGCUUUCUGGAAGAUGGAUGAUGACUGUACUCCGUUGGGCGCCAUGCCAACGGGAGUUAUAGAGGUGUACAGUUUAGUUGUUCUUCUUUCUCCUGCAUCCCUGACACUCCUAUAGCCUUAAUAAAACACCCUGGGAUCUUUUUCAUUCGAUCAGGACCAAAAUCACAUGAUACUUGUUAAACAUGAUAUAAAAGUGUGCAGACUUUUACUGCCUUCCCUUUAAUUGUUACGGGGCAGUGCAAUUUCUGGAGACAGAUGAUGCUUAGGACAGCUAUUUUCGAAACACAGAGAUCCGCGCAUUCACUGCUCUUAACCCAGUCUUGGCCAAAACAGUAUGUGGCGUUUUUCUAUCCUUUUCAAGCCUCUAAAUCUAAAUGUUUGAUGUGUUUUCAAGCUGUAAACUAAAAACUCCACUUGUGUUUGUUGACAGUGCAUUAGUGGGCCUAUAUAACUCCAACAGGGAUAGUACCGGUAGUUUGAGUCUCGACAUAUACAGAAAAAGCCAUGCUCAGGUGGAUUGAUCACAAGAGUAAAGAAAGUUUUAUAUUUUUAUGUAGCGUUUAUCUCAACUCAGUGAAGGAGAAAAAGAAAGUGUGUCUGAUGGUAUGAGGUGCAGGCAACAUUGGAGAUGCUAACAAGGAAGCUAAACCGUCCUGCAACAAAAAGGUAUCAGUGAAGGAUCAGGACAUGAACUGGAAAUCUUAUAGUUUAGGGGUAAAUGCUCCAUCUAAAAAGCAACAUAAUGUCACAACUUAAGUUUAAAGUAUCAGUGGUGGAAGGUAAUGAAGUACAAGUAGUAAAGUACUGUACUUAAGUAGAAUUUUUAGGUAUGUGUACUUUACUUUUUUACAAUAUAUAUUUUUUACUUUUACUUCACUACAUUUGAGAGCAGGUACUUUCUACUCCACUACAAUUUUGAACUGGACUGAACAGUAAAAAAGUACUUUUUAUGAUUUGAGGGGUUAUUUUAUUUUAUUUUUUUAACCAUAUUUGAGGUAACAUCCUGACUAAAGUUUUUGAGUUUAAGCUUCAGUCACAAAAUUCAUAAUAAAAAUUAAGGGAUUGAUUCGUAUUGUUACUGUUUACCAAAAUAUGGAUAAUUUUAAUCAAUAUCACUGCAUUUACACUUAAACAAAUUAACAAUACAUGUGUGAAAUACUUUACUUUUUACUCUUUAAACGGGUACUUAAAUACUUUUACUUAAGUAGACUUUUUUCAUAUAGUAAAGCAUAUUUGGUGUGUAUGGUAAAAUGCACAAUACUCCAUUUUAGCUUCUUUGUUAGCAGUCCUUCCUGCGUUCUGUAUGCAUUGACUACACAGUAACCACACCGGACCCUACUUGUGUCCAAUAGUUUAAAAAGUGAAUACUAUCAAAAUCUAUUUAAUAGGAAACUUUACAAUUCACCAGUAAAAAGCUAAAAUUUAACACAUUCAUUGAAAAGUCUUAAGUCAUCUGCUAUAAACGACACCAAGGCUCCCUAUAGUCAUCAUUUUGCUUGGGCUCCAUAAAAUUUUACAACACCGGUGCGCUCAAGUAUCUCCUCCAUCUCCCCUAAUAGGAAAACUCCAACCAAACCGUAUCUUUACAACUACUAGUAUAUUUAUGUAGUCUCUGAGAUGGUUUAAGGCUAGAUUGUGUGCCCGAUGGGAAUCCCUCCUUUGGGUCAUCAGGAGUAGUAUAUUUUAUUUUACAAGGUUUGUGUUAGCCGUGGGAUGAGCGAGAAUUUCACAUCAAAAUAAAUAAGCGGGUAUGGUAAAUUAGACCAGACACUUUUGGGAAGGCAGAAGCUGUUUACCAGUGCUUUUCUACUAUCUCCAGCCACCUUUUAUGCAUGAAGUCAUUGCAACAUUCAUGCCAUCCUGAAUCAUUUAUCAGCAAAGAUUUAUUAAGAAAGUAGCUGCAAAGCGUUUCUGUUGGUGUUGUAUUUUUCAGAUGGGGGGAGUAACAUGCACAAGUCCCCUAUACUAGGAGCUUGCGUCAUAUGCCCCACUGUUGAAACAUAUGUCGAUGAGGCUUUGGGGGGCAAUCCUGGUGAUAAUGUGGAAUACUCUCUGGAGGGGACUGUUUUUAGGUUUGUAGCAUGUGAGAAAGAUGAUGGAAAGUGUGUUUGUAUGGGCACCCGCCCGCCCGAGGUUUGUCCCAUCUGUUCAAUGUAGCGUUCACACCUCUCUCGUCUUCUCCCAUGUCUCUGUAAGAGAAGAGAGAAAGAAUAAGGCUUAUGUGUGUCUGCAGAAACAUGAUCAAGCCAUGGGAGCACUCGGGAAAGUGUGUUUCAAAGUACUAGCUGUCAUACCUCAUACAUUAACAAUACCAGGCAGAUAUACACAGUGGAAGGGUCUUUUCUGUCAGGCUUUCCACAGAUAGUUCAAGGUUUGUAGUCCCAUACUGUCUGGCUCUACUUCAUGAUUUGUCAGUUUCCUGUGUAAUAGCCUGUUGAAGAAACAACACAAAUAAAACAAAUAAAAAAUCUCUUUGUUACAUUAUUAGCACAAAUCAAAAAUAAAUUUCAGUGUAAAAGAUGGAGCGAAAAGAGAAAAAAAAAUACCCAAUAACAUAAACCAAAGUAUCUGAACAAAGUGAUGAAGAGCUCAAUUAUUGUCUCUUGCAAAAGUAAUACAGUCCAGACCAGGACAGACAACCAAGUUCCAGUUUAAGGUUAACUGACAUUUGUGACUUUAUCGACCCCUUGUGGUUAUAAUAAUAAUUAAUAAUAAAAUAAUAAUUUGGCAUUGUUUCUUUUUUGUAUUUCCACACCAAAACCAACACUUUGUCCCUUGAUAUUAAAGAUGCACUAUGUAACUUUUCUGAUGAAGGGUCCGUUACCAGCCUGGCAUUAAUGCAUUUAUUGCAUUUAUUCAAUUAAACAAAUUUUAGAGCUCAAAAAUACAUUGAAAAACAUGCAUCCUCACUGUGAGUAGGUACGCCUCUCCACAGAUCUGACUUGUAACUUGGCUUGGUGACAUCCCCAGCUUGUCUCUAUGAUAUAUUUCAGUUUAACGUCAUACUCUGGAACAUGCUAGGCUGUACAAAAACAUCUCAAGCAGGUGGCAAACGCUCCACCUGAAAAGUUACAAGGCGCCACUUUAAAUGUCCUUCGUUUUGGACUACAGUAUAUUUGACAGUUUUUCCUGAUGUUUUUAUCAACUCCCAUAGAUUUUACUCACUGUAGCUAUGGCAACCUUUUCCGCAGCACCGUUCCUGCCCACUCCAUCUGCACCUGUGUUGUAAAAGCAUAUUCCAGAGCUUUCAUUCUAAAGGUGUAUGGGGAUGACUGUAUAUAUGAGCUCACACAAGUUGUUGUUUUAGCGCUGUGCGGGGAGCUGUUUACUGAGGCGUUGAAUAAUUGAUGAGGGCAAUGAGGAGCGGCAUCUGUGACCUGAGAGAAAAUUGUUGGCGUUUUUGCAAAGUCAGUAGCUUUUCCUUCACUGUGAGGAUAUACUGUUGUUUAUAGGAAUAGGUUAAAGCUAUACUUCUCCGUCCAAUGGUGAAAAUAAGCUACUUUCCCAAAAUGUUGUGUAUGUGUUCACUCUGUAAUAUUGAGGGAGGGUUUUAGUGUCUUCAAGGAUAUAUACAGACACAACGCAAGCCAUGUUCAAGCUGAAUGUCCACCUCACGUACCUUACAAUAGAAACGUGGUCCGCUUCAUCAGAACACACACAAAUACAGGUGCAUCACAAAAAAUAUAUAUAAAUAAAGAAAUUUUGAAUGAGUUUCUGAAAUUCUGUCUAAAAGAAGCUGACAGAAAAAGCCAAUUCUAAAAGACGAUAUGAAUUUUAAAAAAAGAAAAAAAAGAAGAAGAAACUCAUUAAAACAUUGGGAUAAAGACAACACAAAACAAGAAUCAAUACAAAAUUAAUAAUGAUAAAUAUAUGGAAAUAAAUGAGUUUACCAAUGUGAUUUUUUUGAGAUGCACCUGUCCAGACGUCAGUCAAAACAGCUCUUCUUCUUCUUAACAAAGAACUUGCAAUAUUUGUCUCUAUCAUAAAUAUAUCUAUAGGCUAUGAAUGCACCAGUGAUGUUUAAUUCUUUCUUUUCCACAAUAUUAUCAGACAAAUAUUAUGAUAUAAGGAUUUUUCUUGCUUGGGAAAAAUCAUUGCACACUGACUGUUAACUCCUGGUUAUUAGUUUCUUCUUCUCUGAAACUAUGUGUGUACAAACUGCCAUUGUUCCAUGUUGUAAAAAUGGUGUUUCCUGAUCCUUUUGUUCUGGUGCUGUUGUUGAUGUACAGUUUUAGACCUAGCUCCAGUUUUCAAGAUAAAUCUGGAGAUAUUUGGUUGAACUGAACUGAAAAUAAAGACUUUUUUGGCA